AUGAACCAAGAUUCUUCUCUCAACAACGCCGCCUCUGUCCGCCCCGCUCGCCGAAACGCUGUAGAUUUUCACGCUGGAGGUGUACCAACUGACCACUGGCACGCUGGCAAGCCGGAGAAGAUCGUCUGCAAACAACCCACCGGGCUAUUCGCCCUGUACUUCCACUCAAUUCCGCUCGGCACUGAGGAUGUAAUUGUCGGCUUGGGCAUGACCGAGUGCGAGUACGGAGGAGGUUUCACCAUCUACAUGCCUCACAGCAAAGUCCGCCCACUCCUCCCUCCGGAACUUCAAGAUAGUGGUACUGAGGCUUUCCUCACCAUCGAGUGGCCUGGUUACGAGCACUUGGGAUACAGGAAGAAAUUCCGCCUGGACACUGCAAUUGGCGACGUUGCUAGCCAAGUCGCCAUUAUCUUCAGAGAGUUCUACAACAAGCACUCCGGCGACUUCCUACGACCUGGUGUCCCUCUUGGACCCAACCACGUUACCUUCGAGCAGAUCCGACUCAGAAAUAUCUGGUACUACAACUACGAGUGGCACAUCGAAGCUUCCUACGUUCACGAUGGCACCGAGAUCUAUAUUCGCUAA